GCAUUGACAUAUUGUUGUAGGGGGGGUUUGUUGUAUAUUUGAAUAUCGCUCAUUUAAUUUGUGCUUUAAGGUAAGAAAAGUAAGUUGGGCAACACGACAGAAUAUGAACGCUACGGAUUCAAAGAUUACUUAUGAAGCUUUGGAGAAAAAACGUCUUGAAAAAUUGAAUAUUCCCAAUAGAUUUUCAAGGCAUAUUCUAGACAUUAGCUCGUCUCCGAGAAUUUCAACAUCUGUGGAAAUGUAUAGUUGCUCUCCCAGGCAACAACCUAAAAAGGAACAGCACGUCGAUCCAGAAUGUUCGGGAGAUGGAAAAAUUCUUAAGAAUUCUAUGGCACCAUUUAUAACUGGAGCAGUUAAAUCUACUUGCGGCUAUUUCUUUUCAAGAAGUACCGACAACAGAAAGAAAGAUAUGGGAAUCCCACCAACUAACCCAGUAAAAUGGCGGAGUCAUUUAGGGAAUUAACUAUUUCCCAUCAGUUCUUCCUAUCCAGUAUUUUUCUCUCUGCACUCUGCUUGUAGGUGAUUUGAUUUUUUGCCAACCUACACAUAAUCAUUCAGUAUUAUUUGCUUCGUAAUUCAGUAUUAUUACUAGUAUUAAUGUAAGAUCACUGCAAAAAAAAAAAGAAAAGAAAAGAACUCAAGUAUAAUAAUAACAAUAAAAGUACUAAAUAAACUCUUGUUCUCCUUUCCUGUCUUCUUUUUUUCUCACUUUCUGUCUGUCCGUUUGUAUGUAUCUUUCUGUUUUUUUCUUUUUUCUUUCUCAACCCUCUCUGUCUCAGUGUCCUGAAUCUAUAUAUACAUAUAUAAUUUCUCCAUUUUGCAGUAUUGGCAAACAUAGUUUGUCUAUCAAAGAAGAAACUUUUAGAAAUUACAUCAAACAAGAGAUUUUGCUCUGUACAAUCGAUCUUUCAAGAAAAUAAAAAAAAAUACAAAAGUUUGAUUACUAAAUCUAAUUUUUUUUUUAAUUAGGCUUUUAUUGUAAUUUCUGUUUUUUUUUUAAAAAAAAAGGAAACUUUUUUUUAAUAAUUCAUACUUUUUAUUAACAAUACCCGACAAAGGACAAUAAAAAGAGAAACACGAAUUAUUUUUAUUAAAUAUUUCUUUAACAGAGAUGUAAACAGAGAUUUUAGGUUAAAAAAGGAAAUGUGGUUCACCAAUGAAAAAACAAAGUACAAACACUUUUAUCGAUUUAUAUCGACUAAUCCAUUAUUAGGUGAUUGAUCAGCAAGCAACUCAGGAAUGACAAUGUCAAAUUGCACUUUGCAUUCAAAAUCUAUUUUCAUUAUAAACAUAUUCUGUAUGCAAAAGAGAUUUAAUAGAAUAGAUAAUAUUUCUUAUUUUAAAAGAUUGAUAAAAG